GCCACAACUUCAAUAACAAGGAGAACAGCAGCCACCCUUUCACACACUUUCACAAAUUACUUGAGAAUAUCUCAGAUUAAUCAGUGAAUACAUAUUUUUUAGGUUAUGCCCGACAUUAAAUUAUUUAAUUCAGCAAAUGCUGCUUUUUUUAAGAGUGCAGAUUUUAUAAAAUUAUUUUAAAACUCUUUAUCCACUGACACACAAGAUAAAUAAUGGGAAAAUUAUCAUGACAAAUCAUUGGUGAAAAAGUGUGGGGGAAACUAUAUCACUAUAACUGAAUAUUUCGUUUCAUUUUAUAGUCUGUGUGGGCGUCUGAACUUAAAUAAUCAUUUACAAACACGAGGGUACUUCAGUUCAGACAUCCUCACUGCACCUCUGUCGGGCUACUGCCAUCUGGUGGCCGUGCGAUGAAUCGCAUCAGUUCUAUUAGUUUGGUCUGGAACAAGAUCUCUACAUCGAUUACUCUCUUAAUGCCACAUUAGACCAAUUAGGUGUCAGGAUGAGUUUAGCUUUCAGCAGGGCUCCUCGAAAGACUGCGGGAAACCGCAUGUCCAGACUGCUGGAUGCAGAGGAGGAGGAUGAGUUCUACAAGACCACCUAUGGAGGAUUUCUGGACGAAUCAGGUGAUGAAGAAUAUAAAGGUGACCUGUCUGAAACGGAAGAUGAGGUGGACAGUGACUUUGACAUUGAUGAAGGGGAUGAACCUGACAGCGAGCAGGAGGAGGAUGGGCCACGUCGGAAGAGCAGAGUGGUCACAAAAGCCUACAAGGAGCCAGUUAAAGUGGUGCGGCAGAAACCAAAACAACGGAAACUGGCUGAACUGCCCAGGAGGACAGACAAGACAAAGAUUGACAAAUACAACCCCCCUGAACUACAGGAGGACAUCAGCAAGAACAGGAAGUCUGUACGUCAGUCCACAACCGAACACACGCGGCUGACGUACUUGAGGCUGCAGGAGAGGCAGGUUGCUCCACGUCGAAGGAAGGGUACUAGACACGAGCGACCUUUGACACAGGCUGAACUUUUGGCAGAAGCCAAGGUCACAGCAGAGAUUAACCUUCGAUCACUGGAAAACUAUGAGCGUUUGGAGGCAGACAAGAAACGACAGGUUCAUAUGAAGCGUCAGUGUGUGGGUUCUGUUAUCCGAUAUCACUCCGUGCUCAUGCCACUGGUGUCGGACGUCACUCUUAAAGAGGAAAACGUUGAUGUAGAGGGUUUGGACCAAGAUGCCCAGCAGAAUCCAGGCCCUCACCUUCCACAAGCUCUUUCCCAGGCAGAAUCAACCCUUACUGCACCACCUAGUGUCCUAUCCACUAACACAGCUGCUGUAAAUCCUUCUGUGCCAUCAGGGCCUGGCAAAUGCUCCCGCACCUACAUCACAUUCAGUGAUGAUGAAUCUUUCCAGCGUUUCUUUCCCCAGUCCCCAGCUCCUCGAAUUCCUGUCCAGGAGGUCUGCCCUGUUACCCAUAAGCCUGCGCUCUACCGAGACCCCAUCACAGACAUUCCAUACGCUAAUGUACAAGCCUUUAGGAUAAUCCGAGAGGCCUAUAAAAAGUAUGUGGCUGCCCACGGCCUGCCCUGCACUGGCACAGCGACUCCAGCCGACACCACUGCAAAGAACCUGCGGCAGAAGAUCAUUAUUAAACAAGGGAUGUAGAACAAUAAGAUGAACAAGUAGGUAGAAAGAGAGAAGAGAGGAUCUGUCCAUUUGUCAUAUCUAUCUAUCUAUCUAUCUAUCUAUCUAUCUAUCUAUCUAUCUAUCUAUCUAUCUAUCUAUCUAUCUAUCUAUCUAUCUAUCUA